AUGCCUGAGAAGCGCAAGCUCUCUAACGAUGCUGACGAAAAAUAUCACCCUAAUGCGCAGCAAACGGAAGACUUUGGGAUUGUCUUGCGCGAUUUUUAUCCACCUGAAAUGAGCAAUGCGCGAUGUGAAGCUUACACCAACGGAGCCAUUGAACGCCCAAUUGAAGUAUGGCAACGGGCAUACACAGAGACAGCUCAACAGCGGAACACCGUUUCCGCUAAUGCCGCUGUCGUGCACUGGUUCAAGACCGACCUGCGCCUCCACGACAAUCGCGCACUGCAGAUGGCAUACCAUGUUGCGCGCGAACACAAAAUCCCGCUAAUCACGAUGUACAUUCUGUCACCAGAAGACCUAACAGCACACCUAGCCAGCCCCGCCCGCGUAGAUCUAACCCUGCGCACACUGGGACAAUUAAAGCGCGAUCUCGCAGAGCUGGACGUGCCGUUGUACAUGGAGACGGUCCCGCGACGGAGCGACGUCCCCGGCCGGCUCGUCGAUCUAUGUCACGAAUGGGGCGCGAACCAUCUCUUCGCCAACUUAGAAUACGAAGUCGACGAGCUCCGCCGCGACGCAGGUCUGAUUCGCCGGGCCGCAGAACAUGGAAUUAAAUUCGAGACUGCCCAUGACACCUGCGUUGUCCCACCGGGUCUGCUUUCCUCCCAACAGGGCAAGCAAUAUGCGGUUUACACCCCUUGGUUCCGCUCCUGGCUCACCUUUCUAGACCAGAACCCGGAGUAUUUAGAGAUAUCUGCGGAUCCGGGGUCAAAUCCGGGCGAUGCGAGACGCUAUUUCGCCACUCUGUUUGAGAGCGAAAUUCCCUCGCCGCCGGCGAAUAAGCAGCUAGAUGAAGAGAAAGCCGCUCGUCUGCGCGAGACUUACCCUGCUGGUGAACAUGAGGCAUUUCGCCGCCUUGAAACGUUCCUAGAUGAGAAAGCCAAGGCGUACGACGACGAGAGGAAUUUCCUAACUGGGGAAACCACCUCUGUGCUCAGCCCAUACUUCGCAUCUGGGGCCCUCAGCGCGCGGACAGCUGUCGUCAAAGCUCGCGAAGCAAAUAAUGGCAAGAUAUCCCGAGGCGAGCCCGGCUACAUCUCGUGGGUCAGCGAGGUCGCCUGGCGAGACUUUUACAAGCACGUUCUAGUCCACUGGCCAUUCAUCUGCAUGAAUAAAUCAUUCAAGCCCCAAUUCACGAACCUCCACUGGUCCUACAACAUAGACCACUUCAACGCCUGGACCACCGGCCACACAGGGUACCCCCUCAUCGACGCCGCCAUGCGCCAACUCUCCCAAACAGCCUGGAUGCACAACCGCGCGCGUAUGGCCGUGUCCUCCUUCCUCUCCAAGGACCUACUAAUCGACUGGCGACGCGGAGAGCGCCACUUCAUGGAGAACCUGAUCGACGGCGACUUUGCGUCCAACCAUGGCGGGUGGGGGUUUGGGUCCAGCACGGGCGUCGACCCGCAGCCUUAUUUCCGCAUCUUUAACCCUACCACCCAGAGCAGGAGAUUUGAUCCGGAGGGCGAGUGUAUUCGACGCUGGGUGCCGGAGUUGCGGGAUGUCGAGGGGGAUGCGAUCCAUGCGCCGUUCGAGAAGGGUGGGGAUAGUGAGGCGGCGAGAGUUGCAAGCAGGAAUGGGUAUCCGAGGCCGAUUGUUGACCAUAAGGAGGCGAGGGAGAGGGCGUUGAGGAGGUAUAAGGAUGCUACGCAGGCUUAG